AUGGAGGGCGGCGGUGCUCGCGCGCGUUGCCAUAUGGAAUACUGAAUCACGGCAGGGGAAAAAAAAUAAAAAAUGGACGUUUAAAGUGAAAAUGUCAACUUUUAAGGCGUUAAGCAGCGUUAAACCCGAGGCAGCGUUUGUGGAUCUUUUCACUCCCGCAAAAAGGAUGACAACAACACAAUAGUGCUUCAGUUCCAACUCGCCGGAUCUCACAGCACCCUACAACAAAGAUGAGGAUACAGGGACAGCCCGAGGGCGCGAGGAGGCGUCUGGAUUUAAGCGCGGUCGGUGAGCUGAGGGGCGUGGAGGUCACCCGCGGUCGGGCCGGGUAUGGCUUCACUAUUUCGGGACAGAGGCCGUGCCUGUUGAGCGGCAUCCUGGAGGGAAGCCCCGCGGACCUGGUGGGACUCAAACAGGGGGAUCACAUAAUGGCCAUCAAUGGGAACGAUGUGUCCACCGCUCUGCAUGAGACCGUGGUGCAGCUGAUUGGCAGCUGCACGGGGCCCUUGCAGUUGGUGGUGCUUGCUGCGAGCCGAAUCAUGGGGAACCCCAUUCUCAAUGACGCAAAGUUUGGGAUCGGCCCGAAAAGUGGUGUUUUCCAAAAGGCAGGUGUUCUCCGCACCAUCUCGCACGAUUCGAGUAACUCCUCCUUUCACUGGAGUCCUGCCAGCGGGGCCAAACUGAGGCCGGUGUCCGAGCCCGAUAUGUCGCAAUGGUUGCAGUGGGGUGGGCAACAGUGGAACUCUCUAGCUGAGCAGCGAGAGGAGGGAACUCCCAGAGCGGGGGACACGGACUCUGUGUUUACGGACACAGAUGAAGCUAAACCAGAUUGGAGUAUGUUAAACAUGACCUUGGUGGUGGGCUACCUGAGCUCCACAGAGCUGAUUUUAAACACCACCGAAUCGGAGGAGGACUGUUUGAAAGCCAUCCGGGAGCGAAUACGGUUGCUGGGAAUGGAGCAGAACACCCAUAGUCUGGUGAUGAUGAAGAUCAUGUUCGACUGCAUCCGACUCUGUGAUGACGCCGGAGCUGUUUUGGCGGCGUUGCCCGCCGAGAACCUGGUUUUAGGGGCCGUGUGUGCUGAAGACCCCCGUUUUUUAUGCCUGGUCACUACAGCGCAUAUAAUCAACGGCCGCGUGCCCGAGGACGGGCCUCUGCGGGCCUCCUGCCACGUGUUCUUCAUCGACCCAGAGCUAGGAAAUCAUGACGACCACAUUGGCAUUGCCGGACGCUUUGGCUUCGACUGCACUCCCGAUCCAGAUACCUUGGGCUGCCUGGAAUUCCCUCACACUCCGCCAGAUGUUCUUCACUUCGUCACAGUGCUGUACAGUGACAUGGGGGAGGCCGUGGAGAGGCUUCGAGUCAAACUGGACAUGGAGACUCAGCAGCAAGCCAAGGAGAUCGGCAGCGCCGGCAAACAAGGCAGCGCCAGCAGCAAUGGGGACAGUGGGAUUGGGAAUGCGUCGCCCCCCGAGGAGAGAGCGGACAGGGAUUUCCCUUCUGCCAUCCGAAACCACCCUGGAGCCCACCUCCCCAGCUGUCCAUGGGAUUAUCCCCGGGCUGAAGACCUCACCCCAAUAAACCUCUCCAAGAACGGGCAAAAACUGAAUCCCGAGAACAGUGCCGGCACACAUUCCCUUUCGGAGUCCCUACCCGGACCCGAUUCUCUUCAUAGCUUUUACGGAGGUCCUCCACCCAGGCUCGAGUUCCAGUUCAAGCCCCCACCACCUCCCCUGCCGCUGAGCAAAAAAGCAAACUUCUUUGGAGACCCUCUCAGAGGGAGCCAAAGGUGGUUCUCAAAGCCAAAGUGGUCUAAAGCCCUGAGCGGUAACCCUGAGCCUCCGGUGACCAGCAGCUGGUCCUCCAGCCCCGGCCUGAGCACCGGCACAAGUAACCUGCCGCCCCCCAUGAACCAGAUCCCCUCAGACAGGUACUGCUCAGCAGAGGUCAUGAUGCUCCCUCCCAGACAGGAAUGGACCAGAAGGUUUCUUGAGCAGAGAGAGAAACAGCGGAAAGGUGACGGUACCAAAAAUGGCUCCAGGUUUUGGGGUCUGGGUGUUGCUCGGGCCUCCAAACGCCGCUCCUCCAAACGCAUGAGCUUGGCACGAUCACUGGACGACCUAGAGUCGGCUGCUUCCUCAGAUGGCGACUAUAGUGGAGUCCAGUUGCAGGGAUGCUGCAGCCAGAGCAGCCUGAACAGCAAUGGCAGUCUUCCAGGAGCAGGCAGCCUCCGAGGGGUUCCGGAGCAGCGCGUGGCCAGCUGGGCCGCCUGCUUCGAACGCCUCCUCCAGGAUCCAGUGGGUGUGCGCUACUUCUCGGAAUUUCUCAAGAAAGAAUUCAGCGAGGAGAACAUCUUGUUCUGGCAGGCCUGCGAAUACUUCAGUCAUGUCCCAGCAGCUGAUAAAAAGCAGCUGGGCCAGAGAGCUGGCGAGAUCUACAACAGCUUCCUGUCCAGCAAGGCCACGAUGCCGGUCAACAUCGACAGCCAAGCCCAGCUGGCCGAUGACGUGCUCACCUCCCCGCGGCCCGACAUGUUCAAGACGCAGCAGCUACAGAUCUUCAACCUGAUGAAGUUUGACAGUUAUUCGCGAUUCCUCAAGUCCUCCCUUUACCGGGAGUGCAUGCGUGCCGAGGUGGACGGCCGACCCCUGCCGGACCCUUACCAGAUUCCCUGCAGUCCUGCGCCCUCGAAGCACAGCGCCACCUCUGACCGCUCGGCCCUCUCAACCCCCAAAAAGGAGGCCAGAAAGCAGAGGUCAGGGAGGUCCCCGAAUGAAGAAAGCCGGGAUGAGAGCGCUGACAAGAAACGCGGCAUCUUCUUCUCGUGGUCACGCAACAGGAGCUUUGGGAAGGGCCCGAAGAAGAAGGACAUAGGAGACAUUAACCUCGACUACUCGGGCAGUAAUGGGCGGAGGGAGUCCCAGGGCUCCUUGUCGUCCGGUACCAGUCUGGAGAUGGCCACUUCCUGCUCUGCCGGCAAGAUUGAGUCUGAUAAUCGCCACUCGGUGUGGGAGCGUUCCCCCAAACAUUGCAGCGUGGUGCUGCCCAACGGUUCCUGCUCUUCAAUCAGCCUUCGGCCCGGUGCCUCCAUAAGGGAAGUCCUCCAAGGUCUCUGUCAGAGCAUCAGCAUCAACAUGGCUGCUGUUGACCUCUUCCUGGUGGGAGGGGAGAAGCCUUUGGUGUUGGACCAAGACUGCAUGACCCUCAGCUCUCGAGAGUUGAGAGUGGAGAAGCGGACUUUGUUCAGAUUGGACCUGGUACCCAUUAACCGCUCCGUGGGGCUUAAAGCCAAACCCACCAAACCAGUCACCGAGGUCCUGCGUCCCGUGGUGGCCAAAUACGGCCUCCACCUCAGCGAUCUUGUGGCCAAAGUAAGCGGAGAAACGGAGCCUUUGGACCUGGGCGCCCCCAUAUCGAGCUUGGAUGGCCUACGAGUUGUUUUGGAUCGAAUCGACCCAGCUUCAGGGAAAGACAAAUCUAAGUCGUCCUCCCUAAAAAACCACCCCCCAAGUAGAAGUUUUUCUGCCACAGGAGAUGAGAGGUCAACACCAAAGGACUUUUCUCUGAGAGCAAGUGGACCAGACUCAGCACUCCCAGGGGAAAAGAGAAAACAGAAAAAGAUUAAUAUAGAUGAAGCUGAAGAAUUCUUUGAGCUGCUGAGCCGGGCGCAGAGCUCCCGAGCCAACGACCAGCGCGGACUCCUGAGCAAAGAAGACCUGGUGCUUCCCGACUUCCUGCGUCUAGUCCCACCCACCUCCUCCUGCUCCGCCUCCUCUGACCUGGCCUGCUCCACCCCAGACUCCCUGAAACAAAGUCGGGAGAACGGCGUCUCCUUGCGGGGGGCCCUCACCGCCAGCCUUCGCUCAGAGAGCCUGGACUCCUCCCUCAGCUCCAGCGCCAACGGACACUCCGGGACCAGGCGGUGCCUGAUGCCCCCUACUCGCCACUCGACUUUUGGCACCCACCUCUCCCCCAUCCCCCGGCCCUUGGACACCCGGCCGAUCCUCCGCACCGUAGAGGAGGACGCCCACAGCGACCUGACUCUCGUGGGGGAGGGCGACAUCAGCAGCCCCAACAGCACCCUGCUGCCUCCAUCGCCGUUCCCCAUGCAGUCCUUCAACAGCAGCCUGCCCGAAGCCAACUUCACCCCGCCGCCAAUCUGCCCCCAGUCUCAAGACGCGGGUGGAGAGGGAAAGUCCAGUUCAGGAACGAACCCAAACGCGGACACCAAAUCACCCACCGACGGAGCCGACGCUGCACAGACGGUUCAGGAGGUGAUGGAUGUGGAGGGGGUUCACCUGGAGGAGGGGACGCUCGAAACAUCCCAGGGAGAGGACUCUGAGCUCAGCCUGAGCUUCCAGGGCUACGUCGCUGAGCUGCGGCAGUGCCAGAGCAAGCUGAGGAGUACCCAGAUGCCCCAGAACGGCCGCAACGCACCGGAGGGCAAGGACUGCAAGACGGACCUCUACAAGGCCACAAUUGUCUAAAGGGAACCCCCCCACUGCUGCACUUUUUCAGCCUGAGGCACUGUCUUUUCGAAAGGGAAUUAGUUAAACGAUGGACUGCAUGUACACUCCAAACAAAAUGAAGAAAAAAAAAUCUAUAUUACAGUGAUAGAUAUUGUAUAUUUGUUACGAAUUCUGGCGUGUUCUUGUUGAUUUUUAGUACUGGUUGUGAUUUUUGGACAGUGAUAUGUUUUUGUUAUGGUUUAGUUUAAUAAUGACGUGCAAAGCAAUUGUAUCAAGAGCCAUGUUAGACCAAGGACAACCAUGGAAGAAGCCGGGAAUGAACUUUUGGGUACUACUUUCUAAGUAAAGCAUAUAUUGCAAAUGGUUUAUAAGUUGUGAUUAGUGGGUUUAUUUAUCGUUUUAAGUCGUCUUUACUUUCUAAUAAACCUUCAAAAUGAAUUAAAUAGCUAUAUAACUAAAAAGUAAGUUAUGUUAGCGAACAAUACGUACAAGCCAAGGGAUUAACCAUUAAUUAAGCUAUUAAUUACAACUAAUUGUAUUUAUAAAGUUUGAUUUAAAAAUCUUGACUUAAUGUCCACCUACUAGCUUUUCCAGCUCGUCUUAUGCCGAGGAAGGCUGUGAGAUGCAGUUGAAAGCUAAAAAAAAGCUAGUAAGUGAACCUUGAGUUUGAAUUUUUUCUCAAAAAACUCUUGCCCUAUUUGAAAGCGGGACCCACUUUUGUUGGACCAUAAGCUAGAGAGGACUCUGUUUUAAGGAUCAAAAGGGAGGCAAAUCACACUUUUAAUGCAUAUUUAAAUAUUUCCUCUAUAUCAUUCCUAUGUUUUGCAGAUACUGACGGUACCUUUGUUGCCUGUACUUCCUGCUUCUGUGGUUUUGAGGUUGUCCACAUGUUAA